UUCUUUUUGCACUAAGAGCAAACACAAUGCAUUGUCUCUUUAUGGUCUUGUUGAUCUUCCCCUGUGGAUGGGGGCAGCUAUCUACAACGACACGGCAAGAUUAUAAAUCCUAUAUCACAUCUCCUGCAGGGCAUCACUGUAUACAGAAUGGAACUUCCUUCACCUUAAUAAGGGACCUUUAUCUUUCUCCAUGGAUCUAUCAAUCUGCCCUAGAAAGCCUUGUCACUCGAGUUUAUAAUAAGUAUCCAUGUGUAUCACGACAGUAUACAUCCGUGAGCCUCGAUGGUUCAGGUGUUUCUGAACACAUUUACACCAGCAAGGACGACUUUAAAAACAGCCUUAUUAAUGAAUACUAUAACUGGUACUAUUUCAAUUAUAAUCACAACAAUCCUUGUGAUCAAUCACUUUUGAUGGGAAUUAAGAGAGCACUAGAGAUCUCUCCUAAUGGAUCCUUUAUUUUGGUAUUAAGUGUUGGUUCUGUGGCUGAUUAUUCUAACACAUUUCUAUUAACUGAGAUUAACAGAUUGUUAGAUCAAAAACAAUCUCAGCUAUUUUUUAUGGUAAACAAUGAAUACAAUUGCAAUACUCCGAAUGAGCAACUCAGUGUGUUGAGUGAAAUUGCAUCUCGGAGUUACGGCCAAUUUCUAAGAGUUGCCAUGUUUGACAUUGCACAGACAGAAGAAUGA